AGUGGGAUAGAUUUGCUCAUGCUGAUCGAGUAUAUGCUGGUGUCAUCAAACAACACAGGUAACUUGAUUUGUCUUCACUGAAGAUGGCGUAGCCAUUCUUCUGACUGAUGCAGCUGUAUUGUACACCAUCGGCCAUAUCCCAGGAGUUCCUCUGCCUGAGUUCAUAAAUACCAGUACCCCACAGGCUUAAACCUUUGACCCAGCCAUUGCAGAAGCUAAGGCUGGUUUAAGACUCCUGCCAGUGGAUUGAUGCCAAGUGCCAGACAAGUCCACUCCAACCCAAGCAACCACGUCCAAGGAGUCAAACAUCCCAUCAACCAGCACAUUCAUCACAAACCAGUCAUGUCAUACAACUCUGAAAAUUACCCAGAGCUCUCUGAAAUCCUUCUUCUUUCCCUCCUUUGAAGAUGCAGAGACUCGGGUUACCUAUGGCCCUUGUUUUUCUACAGGUAUUCACUCCAAAAUCCUCAGCAUUCGUUGGGACGGGUGGUGGUGGAGUCUGGUUCAAUGGUAGAGGCGGUAGCACCACCGAAACACGAUCAUCCUACCCUCAAGAUCCCAAUGGCAACAGAGAGUACACAGCUCUUCAAGCUUGGAGAUCAGCCAUGACGGAGGACCCAUAUGGGAUCCUUGCAACUUGGCUUGGCCCUGAUGUCUGCUUUUAUAGAGGUGUAUUUUGCUCAUACGCGCCUGAAGUCCCCAUCUUUGCAUCCUUCAGAGUGGUCUCAGGAAUAGAUCUCAACCAUGCCAACCUCGAAGGUUCCUUGGUGAAGGAGCUCGCCCUGCUCGACCACCUCUCCUUUCUCCACCUCAACAGCAACAGGUUCUCAGGCACAGUCCCGGACUCCUUCAGAGAGCUCCACUACCUCUCGGAGCUGGAUCUCAGCAACAACCGGUUCUCAGGCCCCUUCCCCACUUCCACGCUCCUCAUCCCAAACCUCAUCUACCUGGACCUCAGGUUCAACAGCUUCUCCGGCGAAGUCCCGGAUGAGCUCUUCGUGAAGGACUUGGAUGCCAUUUUCCUCAACAACAACCAGUUCGGAGGUCAGAUCCCGAUGACCCUUUGGGCCUCCCCGGCCUCCGUCAUCACCCUCGCUAACAAUCAGUUUUCUGGGUCCAUUCCAUUCAACUUCGGAUACAUGAGCUCCAGGAUCAGAGAGGUUCUCUUCCUCAACAACAAGCUGACAGGCUGCAUUCCAGAGGGGGUCGGAUAUCUAACCGACGUAGAAGUGCUGGACUUGAGCUUCAAUUCCCUCGCAGGCCAUCUUCCUAGCUCGCUGUCAUGCCUUUCUGAGGUUGAGGUCCUCAACAUCGCUCACAACCAGCUCUCGGGGGAGUUACCGGAGCUGGUCUGUGAUCUGAGGAGCCUGGCAAACCUCACUGUUGCAUACAACUUCUUUUCCGGGUUCAGCCUGGACUGCGCGAGACUCUUCUUCAGGAACGUGUGGUUUGAUUUCUCCGGGAACUGCAUUCCUGGGAGCGACAUGCAGCGGCCUCCACCGGAGUGCAUGGGGAUUCCGGGAGGCGGGCUUAGCUGCCUCAGGAUACCCUCAACGAGGCCUUUGGCUUGCGCAGGGAGCAUGGGGCAGAGGGACGGGAUGAACAGGGUCCCCUACACAUUUCCUUCACUUCCAUAAGCUCUGUGGAUCGUGACAGGACAUGACUGCACGCCAUAGCUGAUCAUUCAUUGAAGGGAACAAGUUAUUUGUAUGCUAGUGAUUCAUGCUCUCUUAAAAUAUUUUGAGGGAAGAAGCACAGUAGUACUUUACUUGCUGCCUUUCGGUGGCUUUAGAUCAAAUGUUUCGGUAUUAGGAGGUUGGCACAGUAAGUACCAGCAUGGUUUAGACUAAUUCUAAUAAGAUUAACCAUCCUUUACUGAUGCUAUCAUUUCUAGUGGAUGAACUCUUUAUGAAGGCUACCAUAGUGUAACGGACAAACUUCUAAACAAGAUGUUGGAUGUAAUGCUUAUGUCUGUCCGUUGUCUUUUGGCAUGUUCAUGCCUUGUAUAGCAGGUAGAGGGGCGGCCGAAGGCUUAUAAGUCCCAUUUUAGUUGGGUUGGUGGCCUCUUUAGGCUUGUAAAUAAAGGUUGUGUCAUGUGGACACGUUCGAGAGCUUUUCGGUCUGUAAUGGACCAUUUUACCCUUUGUUGUGCAACUAUUCAGAGCUUGUAAAGUCUGUUUGUAAUUUGCAUUGUCAAUGAAGUGUUUUUCGGACAUGUUUGCUUGUGGAUCCCGAUUGAGGCGUUCUUUUUAACCCGUUCUCUCUUUUGUUGGUCCUUAGGGACAAUGGGAGGCUUCGGGGAGGCUGACCUUUGCGGACGGACGCGCGAGGGUGCCGCACGCCUUAGGCAAAACCAGCUAAGGUCGUGACAAUAUGGUAUCAGAGCGGGACAAGCACUCAUAGAAACACUUGACAUGCAAACGUGGGGGACCUAGUGGGGCUGCAUGGAGGGCAGUCAGCACACGCGCGACCGUUUGAGGGAAAACGGGCAUGGAGAUGUAGGGAAAAGAGUCGCUCAGAGGAGCGGGCAUCUGACAUUGGCAUUCAGAGGAAUGGCCAACCCUUCGCGCAAGAGGCACCACGAGAACAGGCAAGCUUGGAAGAAUGCGGAGCGCACAAAGGUUGGGAUGGCUGAGUUUGAGCUAUGGCUCAACGUUGACAACUAUACUUGAUGGUGCUCUAGGCAGGCGAGGCGCUUGGCAAGAAUGAGACCAUCCAAGGUGGAAUGAGUUGCUCAACGACCAAAAGAGUUAUGCAAAGCUCACAGAGGUGAGGGGAAUUGCUAACUCGAAGAAUUUGGUACUCAUGCAUGGGCUUGUAUGCGGACGAUGGAAUGUUCGUGGCCAUCCCAAGGCGGUCGAGACUCGGCGCCAAUGGAGCAUUAAAACUUUCUCUUCGGCAUGCAAAGGAUACGUCCGUAGAAAGCUGAAGUGUGCAACGAGUUCAGCAUGUUGCUAGGCCUUGAGGGGUGCAGUGGUGGCUGUAUUGACGUGGAGGCGCAAUCUAGCAAGUGCGCUUGCAAGAGGCAGAACAAUGCACAGUUUGUUCAGCAGAUCGGAGUAGUCCAAGGGGAUGGUGGUCUCCAAAACGAAGAGAGAUGUUGCUCCAACAGGACAGUUAUCUAGGAGGGAUAAGUCUCGGCACUCCAGAGGAAGAAUCAUGUGAAACGGACUUCACAUGUUGAGGAGGAGUACCUCACAAACAACAACUUCACGAAGCUCGAUGGACUGAGCAAGCGGCGAGGAGUUGUCGCAUGAUCUCGCUCGAGAGAAUGCAUUGGUGGAUGCAUUGCGAGAUCAAGUGGGGGAGCGACCUGAAGCAACUUAAAUGAAGGCACACUUAGAGUCGAUAUGGAGAUCGGACUCAAGGGAGGGUUGACCCGUGGAAUGGUGGGCGCGAGGGCCACCAUCGACUCAAUGCAAGAACGAGGAGCGGAGCAACUUGGGUGUAACUUGGCGAAGUACCCAAGCCGCAUGAAGGGAGCCAGCAGAGAAGUUGGAACAUGGAGCAGAAGCACAGUGCUUUCCUUAGACAGAGGUCAAAGACAUGAACUCUUGCAGAGGCAAGGGUAGGAUCAUGUUGUUCCAUGGGUCCUUCAUCCUGACGGAGCGGACUCAUCUUGUAUGGUGCCAAAGACGAAGGGAGCUUCGCGGCACAUACACCUUAACUCGGGAGAGCAUUUGAUGGAGGAACUAAGGCGACUCAACUUGCGGAGGCGAAGUUGGGUUCAGAAGGCCUUAGCACGGGGCAAGAGGACGCAGAGGCGGGUACUCUUGAAGAAUAUGCCACAGUGUUGCCAUUUGAGUUGCUAUGAAGGAAGCAGUGCGCAGCGGAGAUUGUGCUGGUAGGGGCAGAGGCCCAGGAUCCAGACAAUGGUGCACAGAUUACAGUGAAGUCGGUGGACUUCGAGAGCUAUUAGGCGACGGACUGUCCUAGAGCGGUGCUUCAUCUAGGUGUGACCCAGGAGUGGGUGGAUGAAGGUCGAUUGCCAGAGGAGCGAACAAAUUCGAAAGUGGAGGAGACCCUGCGAUGUAUUGGCAGAGGCCACACUUGGAGGGUUCACAAUUCGAGUUUAUUCCACAAGGAUCAGAAUGCAAUGGAGAUGUCACCAGGAGGCGACAUGGUGCAGCGGAUCGUGGUGGAACAGUUUGUGGCAAUGCGACGCACACGACAUUGUCCCGUGAGGGAUGAGAUCAUAUGGAGGUAUGAUCGGGAGUUACUGGAAGCUCCACUUCGAUGAACAACACGACGGCAAGAAGGGCUAUGGAUUCAAGGAGUGAAGGCCAUGGUACCGCAGAGGCGGGUCUUCCGGGCGUGCAUCGAAUUUUGCAUCGGAUGAAAGCCUUGGUCAUCAGCAUAUGGGGGCUGUGUUCCACCAAGGGAAAAGUUCGAAUGCAAGUACCAGUGAGUUCCAUGGGAGGGACUUGAUCAUACAGAGGUAUGAUCGAAGCAGCUGGAGAGUUGGACUGCUCCAUAGCUCAUAUUCGCUUAAGGGAGCCCGACAAGUCAGAGGACAAGGUCGAGUAAGCGAACGUUGCUACCAAGGAAGCUAAGGAGAACAGAAUCGGUGCAAACUCUACAACGUGAUGGCAGAGGCCAUGCAUGGGAGUUGCAGUCUGUCUUUCCAUCGACCAAACAGACUGCUUGGAGAACACAGAGGUGUUGAAGCAGGGGGUCGAAAGGGGCGAGGAAGCGACGACGAGUCCAGAGGGACUUAGCUACCCAAAAUCAAGCAUCAGUUAGAAUGGAGGUGGACUCAGAGGAGUGCCACGGAGACAUCUCUACUGAUUGUGAAGAAAAGGGAUACAGAGGCGAGGCGACGGAUAGUAGGGCCAUGGGCAUGGCAGCGCCAUGGUACCGCAGAGGCGGGACUUCCGUGCAAGUCAUUGAUCCCUUGCUCUCAUGGAGGGAGAGCGCUUGGUCGUGAAAGGGGCCGAGGAGGUGGAGCAUGCAUAGGCAAUCUCCAAGUACCGAGACAAGGCUGAAGGGCAGAGGCCAAGAAACUUCGUAAGACCGGUGUCAACAAGUUUCUCAUCAAGAUAGCCGUAAGUGAAGGACUUCAGGUCACGCAAGAGUGCUCGACCAAGGAACGAAGCAGGCAGUACGCGGUGCUGUACCUUUGCUACUCAGUGGAGUAGGCGGCAGGGUUGAUGGAGAAGACGGUACAAUCCCAGAGGCGACCUCAUCUAUAAGAGAAUUACUCCAAGUUGGGGUGAAAACUUCCUGCAUUCCAGAAGUUCAAUGGCUUUGAGAAGGUGAAUCACAGUAGCUAACUCAACGCAAGGAGUGCAAACACUUCAAGUGCUUCAGAAGUGUGAGCAAAGAGCAGGCGAAGACCAGUAACCAGCUCGAUGCAUGAAGUACAACCUCGAGGAGGCGGGCGAAGUCAAAGUAACCUUUGCCUUCUCAACUCUUAAGAGAAUGGGCGAAACCGAGUACCCCAGUUCUCUUAUCUAUCCAGCAGAGGAGCUCUGCACAAGUUCAAAGACCCUUCGAAGAUAAUGGAAGACAAUAGUUGUCAAAUCCUCACCAACGGUGAUCAGUGCUACUGAGAGUAGAUCGUCCGCUUCAUUUCCCAACGAAAUGCCAAUCGAAAGCGGAAGUGAUGCGAACCUACUUGGAUGUGACAACUAACUGAAAGAAGAGUCAAUGAGCAGAUUUUGUGGAGGAAGGACCCAAAACUUCAGAAGUUUGCGAGGCGAUGCUCGUUAAAGCUCCAACAAGCAUCCACCCAGUUCAAGCAGCAUGUGGAAAUUUUUCGAGACUGGCGCAGAAAAGAUGGUCUUUUCCUUCAUUUGGUGGAUCCGCAAGAAUCGACAAGGAUCAACACAACUCAGCCAACCCCACACCAGAGUCAGAGUCAUUGGCGAGUUGAAGCAGCAUGGCGGAUCAAAGGUUCGACUACUCAGAAACAGCAGCGGAGAGCAGCUGGGAGCCAGGAGGCGCAUUGCAGCUGGAGCAGAAGAUUGAAGACUCAGCAAAGGCGAAGAGUUGCAGUGUUCACAAAGGCUUCGACGAGGACGUCGAAGGGAUAAGUGGGGGAGAAUGUAACGGACAAACUUCUAAACAAGAUGUUGGAUGUAAUGCUUAUGUCUGUCCGUUGUCUUUUGGCAUGUUCAUGCCUUGUAUAGCAGGUAGAGGGGCGGCCGAAGGCUUAUAAGUCCCAUUUUAGUUGGGUUGGUGGCCUCUUUAGGCUUGUAAAUAAAGGUUGUGUCAUGUGGACACGUUCGAGAGCUUUUCGGUCUGUAAUGGACCAUUUUACCCUUUGUUGUGCAACUAUUCAGAGCUUGUAAAGUCUGUUUGUAAUUUGCAUUGUCAAUGAAGUGUUUUUCGGACA